CUGGGGCAGUGGAUAUCCCCAGUUCAGUCCUUCUGAAUUCUCCUCCCCAUACUCUUGCCACUUCCCCUUCUCACUUCCCUUGUGCUGACCUCCCCUCCACAUUGCUGACCACAAUGAACCUCACUUUUAGGAAAGAGGAGGGUGGUGGUGAAGUCAGGAUGGAGGAUGAAGUAAUUACCUCGAUGCCCACUCCACCCCAUGAGGAGGGACACGCUGAGCAUGCCAUGCUCACUUCACCCUUGUUCAACACCCCUGAGCAGAUCAGCCCACAUAAAGCCGGGCCUCCUUUCUGGCGGGGCUGCAGGGGUGCAGUGCUCAGCAUGCCCCCCCGAGUGCAGGCCCACCGGUUACUGCUGCUGCUGCUGCCGCUGCCGCUGCUCACCCUGCCAGCCACAGGCUCAGACCCUGUACUCUGCUUCACCCAGUAUGAGGAAUCCACGGGCAAGUGCAAGGGCCUCCUUGGGGGAGGUGUCAGCACGGAAGACUGCUGUCUCAAUGCUGACUACGCCUUCCAGGAGCCCGGCAGCAAGCUCUGUAUGGCGUGCAGGCUCCCACAAUGGUCACCGUGGUCCGAGUGGGUCCCCUGCUCAGUGACCUGCAUGGAGGGCUCCCAGCUGCGGCACCGGCGCUGCAUAGGCUGGGGCGGGCAAUGCCCCGAGAAGGUGGAGCCUGGGACCCUCCAGUGGCAGCUGCAGGCGUGUGAGGACAAGCCGUGCUGUCCUGAGAUGGGUGGUUGGUCCAACUGGGGGCCCUGGGCAUCUUGCUCUGUCACCUGCUCUAAAGGGACCCGGAUUCGUCGUCGAGCAUGUGAUCACCCCACCCCCAAGUGUGGGGGCCACUGCCCAGGAGAGGCACAGGAGUCAGAGGCCUGUGACACCAAACAGGUCUGCCCCACACACGGGGCCUGGGCUGCUUGGGGCCCCUGGAGCCCCUGCUCAGGCACCUGCCACGGUGGACCCAAGGCAUCUGAGGAGAGACGAAGCCGCACAUGCUCUGCACCUGAGCCCUCCACGCAGCCUCCUGGGAAUCCCUGCCCAGGGUCAUCCUCUGAGCAGCGGGCCUGCACCGGCCUGCCACCCUGCCCAGUGGCUGGUGGCUGGGGGCCAUGGGGCGCUGUGAGCCCCUGCCCUGUGACCUGCGGCCUGGGUCAGACUCAGGAACAACGGACAUGUGAUCGCCCUGUGCCCCAGCACGGGGGCCCCUUCUGUGUCGGUGAUGCCACCCGGACCCACAUCUGCAACACGGCCGUGCACUGCCCCGUGAACGGAGAGUGGGAGCUCUGGGGGGAGUGGAGCACCUGCAUCCGCCGGAGCAUAAAACACAUCAGCUGCCAGGAGAUCCCAGGCCAGCAGACCCGCUCCAGGCUCUGCAAGGGCCGCAAGUUUGACGGACAGCGAUGUAGCGGGGAACAACAGGAUAUCCGGCACUGCUACAACAUCCAGCGCUGCCUCUGGAAAGGCUCCUGGUCGGAGUGGAGUACCUGGGGGCUGUGCAUGCCCCCGUGUGGACCCAACCCCAUCCGCACCCGCCAGCGCCUCUGCAAGGCCACGCUCCCCAAAUUCUCGCCCACCGUUACCAUGGUCGAAGGUCAGGGUGAGAAGAAUGUGACCUUCUGGGGGAAACCGUCGGCACUGUGCGAUGUGCUGCAAGGGCAGAAGGUGGUGGUGGAGGAGAAACGGCCAUGUCUACACGUGCCUCCCUGCGAAGAACCCUGAGGAUGAGAAGCUCUAACAUCUCUCUCUUCCACUCUGACCCCCUGACCUCUCAGACUUCAAUAAACCAGCCUCUUCCCCA